GUUACGAUUUUUGAGAAUUUCAAAGAUUUCAUAUUUUUUCUACAUAUUGUGAUUUUCAAGGGUUUUACAUUUUACAAUAUUUUAUGAUUUUUAAAGAACUUACAUUUAAUAUAUAUCCUUUUGUGAGCAUCGUUGAAGAUAUUUGAUGACAUUUGGCAAUUUUCAUAUAUGCCUUUAGGAGUAUUUUUGAAGACCAUUGUUUUACAUGUUAUGGAUUAUUUUACGAGGGCAUUUUGAAGAUAUCUUACAAUAAUUUUUGAGUUCUUUUGAUAUAGAGUUGUGUUUUACAGUUUAAUUUUAACGUGUGUGUUUCAAAGUUAUUUUACAUCCAGUUUAACUAUAUUUUACAGCUCUCAUACAUAUUUUUACAUCUAUUGUAUGAUUCUUUAUUGUUGUUGGAUGUUUUCACAGUUCUGUCCCAUUAGUUGACAGUUUUCAGUAGAAGGACAAUUAACCGAUUGUCGUAGAAUAUUGUGAGGCCAAAAAGGAUUACGUAAAAUUUAUUUGCGUACUUGCGGUAGCGGCGGUUUGAUUUAAAAAAUAAAAUAAUAAUAAAAAAAAUUAAAAAAAAUAAAUAAAAUAAAAAUAGGUAAAUAAAUAAAUAAAUAAAAAACAUUGGAGAGCAAAGAUGAAGAAUAUAGGAAUAUUACUGGUAACCACCUUUAUAGGGAUAACCAGCGGAAUGUUGUCCAUAGAAAUAGAUCCGGAAACUAAACAAACAAUCUAUUUUGAUUUAUGUAAAGUAAUCGAGUGUGGAAACGAUGAGGCAGCAUGGCGAAGACAUGAUGUGUACGGUUGUCAGUGGCCCUCAAACGAAAAGCCAAGUGCGCCUUUCUGUCACUCGUGGAAAUUUGACGUACAUUGGUAUACUCAACCAGGUUGGGUGCCGCAAUCUCCGUUUUUCAGUAAAGCAACUAAAUCAAUUGAACGGUACAAAUUUAUAAGGAGCAUGACAUUUAGAAGAGGUGUAGGAGUAAACGGGGCAGGAAUAAAUCCGAUAGUAUUUGGGAUACCCCCGUCGAAAAAAUGGUUACCGAUGUGGAUAACAAUAGGAGUAGACCUCACAGGGAAAGACCCAAAAGGGGUACUGGAGAUAAAAGCAAAGAAAGUAAGAGUGGGGGAGAGCCUGGCUGAAAAAGUAGAGAAGCUCAAGGAUGAUAAAGAGGCGGUGGUAGCAUUCAUAGCCACAGAUGAGUUAAUAAAUGAGGAAGAGCAAUGGGCGAUGGAGACAGGUUAUCAGGAAGAGAAUAAGUGGUUGGAUUGGGCGAGGUAUACGGCCAGACAGGUAGGUGUGACAGAGUGCUUUGUUUGUGCUGGAGCAAGACCUAGGUUAGCGACCGUACCAAUACAAGAUAGAAACUGGACAUGCAUGGUAAGUUUAUUUAAUAAAGAGAUAGCAGGGUGUGAAGAGUAUGAGAGAGAAUUCCCGCCAACGGACAGGGCAAUACCACCUGGGGUACAGGUACAUAAGGGGAACUAUACUUGUUUUAGGAAUGAGGAAAACCUAGGGGUGAAUAGAGGAACGUUUGAGAAGGGAUGGUGCAAAGAUACAAUAUUAAUUACAGACACAAUCUGGGCAAGGGAAUUGGCUAAUCAAAAUAGAUACAGGGCAGACAUAUGGUGGUUAUGUGGAGACAGGAAGUUGCGGAGUAAGUUGAGAGGAUCCUGGAAAGGAGAAUGUACGUUGGUAAGAUUGAUAAUGCCGUUCACAAUUAUAAAAACCAUGGAACAGGAAAAUAAACACAGACGUAAGAGAGAUGCGCCUGGAGGAGCAUUCGACAAUAGAGUAUGGAUAGAUGGGGUAGGGGUACCAAGAGGCGUGCCGGACGAGUUUAAGGCCCGAGACCAAAUCGCGGCGGGUUUCGAGUCCAUCAUUUUCUGGUGGUCAACGUUGAACAAAAAUGUAGAUUGGAUUAAUUACUUAUACUAUAACCAACAAAGAUUCGUGAACUUUACAAUUGACGCGGUAGAAGGGAUAAAACACCAGUUGGGUAACACUUCAUUGAUGACGCUGCAAAAUAGGAUCGCGCUUGACAUGCUCCUAGCGGAACGCGGAGGUGUUUGUUCCCUUAUAGGUUCCGGAUGCUGCACGUGGAUCCCUAAUAACACCGCGCCCGACGGCUCCAUCACUAGGGCGCUAAACAGGUUAAAAUCGCUGCAAAAAGAAUUAGCGGAAAACUCCGGAAUCGAUAACCCAUUCAAUAGCUGGAUGACAAAAUGGUUUGGGCAAUACAGUGCGCUGAUCACUUCAUUAUUAAUGUCCAUCGCAGUGGCCGCGGCGAUACUUGUAACCUGCGGGUGUUGUUGUAUUCCAUGUAUCAGAUCUUUGUGUAACAGGUGGAUCGUAAAGAUCAGAUGCCACUGCUGGGAGCAGUAGGGCUAAACGAGGAGGAACCAAAGGAGGAGGAGUCAGAGGUUGAUCACCUGUAAAGGAGAUCAAAAGGGGGAAUGAAGGAAAAUUAAUACAUCCCCACAUCCGCAUAUCCUUGCAAUAUGAAUAUUAUCCUUGCUUUGAAUAAUCAUGAUUUUAUUAUUGCAUUAUUAAUGAUUGCAUUGCCUUUAAUCAUAAAGAUUUUAAGAAUAGCUUUAGAAUAUUAACCUUUAGAAUAUAGUAUUAAAGUUAGAAUAGUCUAGCAUGCUUAGAGAUAAGAUUCCAUUGCAUAUGACUCUAAAAGGUCAUGUCUGCAGAUUUUGGAGGCUUGCAGUCUUGUGUGGUAUGUAUGUAUGUGUGUUUUUUAACUUUUGCUUUGCAGAGACACCUGGGGAGAAAAACAGGAUGUCGGGGCGACAGGGUGAACUAAAGGUCAAUGUUGUAUAUAGCAGCAUGAACUUCUUAGACAGAAGUAAAACUUUCCAUCGAACGGGCCCCCACCCAACUACACAUAUAUAUUUUUGGGGUCAGAGGGAAAGGCAGAUCAGAUCAACCGCUCCUCGGGGGACCUGUUUCUGCAUUGGUGUUGUGUAAGGACAGGGACAGUUUUGACCCAGAGCUCUGUAAUACUUCAUUUGAGAUACUUAUUAAAAAUAAUUUGAUUUGAGUUACGUGUCUGAUCUCCUCAUUCAAAGAACAUGCAGGACAUUUAAAGUCC